GUGUUACCCAACCCUCUCUCACGCUCCCAUGUGGUCAAUACAUGUCCUUCUCACCCCGACCUAGCGUAAUUGGGACAAAAAUCAUUGCUUUGCUGUUUGAGUCCUGUUCUGUCCGUUUGUCUUGUAUGUCUCUGACCCUGCCCAAGUGUGAGGCAACACAAGCAGACAAACAAACAUUACUGGCUGGAACGGACAUACUAGAAAACCUCUGUUGCUACACUUGUACUCUGUUCGAACAUUGCUCUGGAUUGAAUUAAUUAUUUGUACUGAUCUUUUAUGACAAUAUUAUUGUUGCUUCACAUUGCCUUUCAGUCUUUCAUCGUCCAUAUUGGCUUCCUCGUGUUGGCUGCUCCAAUCUCCUGUAUUUUUAUUUAGAAAUUCACUUUCCAUACAUGGCAUUCCAUACCGAAGAGACGUCCAUGUGCAUUCUUUUUUCUUUAUUCUGGUUCUGUGUCUUCCUUGCAUUCAGCGUAUUAAAUGCUUCAUAGCUACGUCGCUGGACUUAAGUGCAGUCUAUAGGGUGUUUUGUAAGACAUUUUUCUGUUUCUCUGCUUCCAGAUACCUUGCGCAAACUCUGCUACAUGAGCUGCCCUGGACGUUGUCGUGUUUCCUUCCCCAUUGUCUAAGAGCCUGAGUAUACGUAAAAGCACACAGACGGACGACACCAACACACGAGCACAGUUUGUGUGUCAAGGCUCAGGCUCUUACACAAUGGAGUUCUUCCACCUGCUUGGCUGCAUAUGCGCCAUCUUGUUGUGUUCCCUUGCUCUGUGGUACGGAAUUUCUCUCUUCAACUCCAAGGACAUGGCUUCGACACCUGAAUUUGAUCUCAACAUGGAAAGGUCGCCACAGUGGGAAGACGUCAGGAAGGAAAUGCACGAAGCCAUUGCGGAGGAAGACGAGGCUCGUGUUCUAAAGUGCCUGGAUGCUGCACCUGCUUUAAAACUGUGGUUGGAUCCUGUCACAAAAAAGUCAGCUCGUUACAAAGCAGUCGAAGAGGCAGCCUUCAAUAUCCAUGGCCUUUUAGUCUCGCGGGAAUGUGGACUCAAGAACACCGAAGAAUCUUCAUGUUACUGGUACCUCUCACCCCUUGAACAAGCUGAAAUUCGUCGACAACGAUAUUACACCACAGAAUACGAGGACUCUUACAUCGACUAUUUGAAAAGCAAAUCACUGAGCGUCACUAGAUGUGAUGACUUCGGUGUACGAUUGGAGAAGAUGUUUAAGCAGCUCUCUAAUGAUGAAGUAAACAGGAUUAUUUUCAAAGUGGCUGCAAGAGCGUCACACCUGGAAAUUAGGUUCGACUACAACAGUGAAAAUGUUCAAGGGAUCACGGGAAGUUGCAGUAGAGGCGUCGCCGCCCUUACUUUCUACACAAAUCAAAGAGUUUUCAUCGGGGGCCGUGCUGCAGAAGCCGAAGUCUGGGGAACACUUAUUCACGAGUUAUGUCAUAUGGCACUUUACCUAGUGUACAGGAACAAUGGCAAGCCAUAUUACAGUGACGAUACGGAGCGGGAAAAGCAAUACAAUGAGAUCCUGAAUAACAUAAAACCGAGGGAAGAAGAACUGAACCUUCUCAUCCAGCAAGCUUUUAUGGACACAAAUGAAGAAGAAGAGUUAAUUGUACGGAUCCCUCACAUUCUAGUUCAACAUGGUUGCGACGAAGGUCAUAGGAUUCUGGAACGGGAAGUACCGGAACUACUAAAGUUUUUCGAGGAACAUGUCAUCCCGGACAUGAGGGAAUACAUUCGGAAUGGAAUCCCAUCCAUAGAUGCAACACAGAUAGAAAAGGAAAACGCUAGACUGAACAAAGCUUUCGAAACUGACAAACUCAAAGUCCACUUCGAGAAAUCACUACAGAAGAGUGUCUGGAAAGAGGGGUCACUUCACGUAUUUACGGGUCCAGAACUCAGGCUUCUCGAAAUAAUGGUUCACAACGCUGUGAAAUCUACGGGAAGGCCAUACUUGUUUUUCGAAGCAAACCAAUAUGACUCCACUCUGCGGGAUGUGCUACUAGACUACAAAUGUGCAUUUGUGCUAGUAUCCGUCCAUCCAAACGAAGACGUCCGAAAGAUCAUUGAACUUCUCAGUAAAGUAUCCUGUGUCACUGGAUCAAAAGUCAUCUUGCUCGUGGAAGACAGUGAGAAAGAAAACUUGAUGAAAAAAGUGCAAGAAGAUGCGUUCUUUGCGGAGAGGCACAAAGUUCACAGGAUCGACGAAGCACGCUUUAAGCAUGUCACGAAUAGCUGCAAAAAAGAAGUUUUCAAAAAUUCUGUCGUAAAACUUCAAGGUCAAUAUGUUUCACGGCUUCCAGAGGCAAUGAAUAUCGACACCUUCUUACAGUGCGUAGACACCGCUGUUUUCCUAAAGCUAUCCGAGUCGGAGAUCAUUGACCUGGGACCUCCUGUUCAUGAACUAGAAGAACGUGUUCAGAACUAUUACGUGCAAAGAGAGUGUAGAAGAGCCGUGGAAAUUAACUUGAAGGAAUGCAAUCUAAAAGACGACAGUGAGGCAUUCGCACUUCUGGGCUGUCCACACAAUCAGGUCGCAACACUUCUACCUCGCGGUUGUGUGGCAAAGGCCAAGGGGGAAUUAAAGAAGUUCGAAAAAUUCGUACUCCUCCAGGAGCCACGUGACUACGAAGCUCUCCUGGAAGAUGGUCAUUUCCGAAACAAAGUAGUGCACCUGCUAAAGUUCGACGAACCUCAUAAGAGACUCUUGUGGACCAAAUCAAAUGGUCGUCUCAGUCACCUUCCAAUGACGGGAAGUGAGAGUUACACCGAGGACGCGUUGUUGAAACUGAACGAGAAGGUUGUGUUGUCGAACGUAGAGGAGAAGGUUGUCAUUGUGUCUGGUGCACCAGGUAUGGGAAAGAGUACUCUAGCAAAGCACUUGUGCACAGAAGUAAAAAAUCGAGAUACGAAGCGGUGGGUGAUGUACGUCGACCUUCCUCAGAGAAUGGCAUCUGUUAAAACAGCGUCGCCGAGUCAAGCGGAUAUGUGCAGAUAUCUUGCGGAUCUAUGCCAAGUACAGAAAGAUGGUGUAGAGUUCGCUUUGUUUGAGAAAAGUUUGAACGACGGAAGCCCUUUCGAGAUUGUCAUCAUCUUGGAUGCCUUCGAUGAACUGAACAAGGAAUACCGCAAGUGCGUCUUGGAGCUUACAUCGUCUCUAUCUGAAAAGAAAGCGUGCAACAUAUAUAUGUUUACUCGUACCGUAUUUAAGCCCCAUGCACAAGAUGCUCUGCACACGAUGUCAUAUGAACUCCUUUCUUUUUCAGCCGAAAAUCAGGCGGAGUUCAUUAGAAAAUAUGAGGGAACAGCUCAUUCAACCAAUGAAAACGAUGGAGCUUCCAAGCUGUUCCAGCGACUGCUCACGAACUUGAAGGAGACAAACGAGACAAUCCUAGAAACCCCUCUCCUGCUUCGUAUGAUCCUUGAAAUGAAGGAUGGGGAAAUUGCAGAGUCUGACGAUUACUCUUCGUUACUUAAACGCGCAAACAUAUCAGCCGAUAAGAACUUAUACAUUGUACACGUCUACAAGUUGUUUGUGUGGUACAAGCACCUUGUAUUCAGAAUUGAAAAAAGAAAAGAAAAUCUCCGCCUACACACCGUGCAAGAGGAGGAUGACCCCGCAGCGCUUCAGUUUUACAAAAACCAUGCACUCCUCGCUAUAAAGUGUAUAUUCCCUCGGAAAACCUUCAUAUCCUUAUUGAACAAAGACGAAUUAGAGAAUUUAGGGCCCGAAGGACGUUUAAUGAAAGACGCAGCUAAUAACAGUCUUAAAGAAGGUUUUCUGAAUGGUCUUAACAAGGGAAUUCCAGAGUUCGUUCAUAAGACUUUUGCUGAAUUCUUUGCAGCUGAUUACCUACUGCAAAAGGCGAAAGUAAGAGAAAAUUUCGACGUGAGGGAUGUCAUUGUCAAUCUGUACCGUGAAGAAGAAUACGGCGGUGUAAUGAUGUUGUUCGAUGCACUGGCAUCGGACUCCUUUCCCCUUCACUCUGCUGUGAUGAACAAUGACGCUUCAUAUUUUGAGCAACAUGUUAUCCAAAGAGAGGAUAUGUUCAAAGCCGAUGAGCUCAAAAGGACGCCAUUGCACUUAGGAGCCCUGCAUUCUGAUGAAGCAACAUUGAAGAAGCUUCCGAUGGAUGAUGAGCUAAUCAAGGAGGAUUUGUUUCAACUGUCACCGUUUGGGUACGCAGAGCUGCGGUCUCCAUGGGACGCAAAAUACGUUGGGAAGUGGAUGGAAUGCUUGCGGACUGAGACUUCGGCUGCGGGAGACAGACUUAACGUGUUAUGCGCUCACUGCAGCGAGGAAGCAGUGAAACAUUCUACCGAAAAUCUACGCACAUGUGAAACCUUGGAGCAAAAGAGACAGUUUCUUGAACGAGCAAUAUUCACGGCUGUUAUACACGACCUACGAGGCGUUUUAGACGUGUAUCUGAGCUUUGUGUCCCCGAAAGAGAGUACCGUAAUUCUAGACAGAGACACCAUGGACCAAUUAGAAUCACGCAAGAAACGAAGCUCGAGAUGUUCUGCAGAGUCUUCGCUAAUUGGAAACAUUGAUGAUUUUACAGACAAGAGUGAUCUAUCCCGGAGUCUAGAAGAGACUUGCAGUGAAGUGUCUGAUGCUGAGAGUGAUAUAUUCCCGAGUCUAGAAGAGACUUCCGUUGAAGACUCUGAUGCAGAGAGGGUUAUAUUCCAGAGUCUAGAAGAGACUUCCGUUAAAGACUCUGAUGCAGAGAGUGAUCUAUCCCGGAGUCUAGAAGAGACUUGCAGUGAAGAGUCUGAUGCUGAGAGUGAUAUAUUCUCGAGUCUAGAAGAGACUUCCGUUGAAGACUCUGAUGCAGAGAGGGUUAUAUUCCAGAGUCUAGAAGAGACUUCCGUUAAAGACUCUGAUGCAGAGAGGGUUAUAUUCCAGAGUCUAGAAGAGACUAAGAGAUCACUACUCCUGAAUUAUAUUUCUUUCCUGCUUCCUCAUACAAAUGUUUCUGCUAAGGAUGGUGAAGGCAAGGAACUAUUAGAAGCCCUCCAAAGCAGACAGGAUCCCGAAUUGGAUAGCUUCCUCCAGAAAUGGCUCGCAUGA